AUGAAGAAACAAGGUUGUUUUGGUUUGGGUGAAUAUAACUCUGAUACCAAAGAUGGAGGGAGCUUCCAGAAGGUCUUCUCUAGAAAAGUUGAUUGGGGAUCCCUUAAAAAUGUUCCUAAAGAAUGGAUAAAAAAACCAGUGAAUAUGGUAGUGUUGAUCUGGAUUAUAUGUGUUACUGUCUCAGGAACGAUUCUUUUCCUUGUUAUGACUGGUAUGUUAAAUGCAGCACUUCCAAAGAAAUCGCAGAGAAACAUUUGGUUUGAAGUUAACAACCAGAUAUUGAAUGCGCUCUUUACACUCAUGUGUCUGUACCAGCACCCUCAACGUCUCCAUCACCUUGUAAUGCUUCUAAGAUGGAAAUCAGAAGACGUUUCCAGAUUGAGAAAACUAUAUUGCAAAAAUGCAUGUAAGAAACCUCGUGAACAGUUACACAUGUUCGUUGUUGUUGUGCUCCUUAAUAUCAAUUGUUUUGGACAAUAUGUUUUAUGUGGUCUCAAUGUAGGAUACUCGAGAUCGGAAAGACCUGUACUUGGGGUGGCAAUUGCCUUAUUUUUCACAAACGGUUCCCCUGCAGCUGCUGGUGUUUACAGUGUUGUUAGUCCCCUAGGGAAAGACUACAACAUAGUUUCUGAUAUAGAAUCCCAAAUAAAAAAGGAGCCAGAGACUCGUAGUGGGUCAACCAGCAAAAUGAUGGAACCAUUUGAAAAAAAAUUCUUCUUUGCAUUAAAAGACGAUUCAAGAACUAACAUAAGUAAUCCAAAAUGGAGUGGAGGUAUAUUUGAUUUUUGGGAAAAUAUUAAGUUGGCAUGUCUGUCAAUCUUUUGUAGUUGUUGUGUCUUUGGGUGGAAUAUGGAGAGACUCGGGUUCGGAAACAUGUAUGUCCAUGUUGCAACAUUUAUCUUACUAUGUUCGGCGCCAUUUUGGAUAUUAGUUUUGGCAGCCAUUAAUAUUGACAAUGAGACUGUCAGAGAGGCAUUAGGUAUUAUAGGGGUGAUACUCUGUGUAUUUGGUUUACUCUAUGGUGGUUUUUGGAGGACUAAAAUGAGGAAAAGAUUCAAUUUGCCAUCAUCAGAUUUCUGUUGUGGUAAACCUGCUAUUGCUGACUGUACAUUAUGGUUGUGCUGCUGUUGGUGUUCCCUUGCUCAGGAAGUCCGCACUGGAAACUCAUACGAUAUUAUUGAGGAUACAUUAUUUGAAAAAGCAGGGGCUGAAUCUAGUGAGACACCUAUAUCCCCCUUCCCCCGAGAAGAAGAAAACCUGGAACCUGGAUCUAGCCCCCCAAGUCCUAGCAGGGAUGUAAAGGAAUCUCAGAGCCCAAGUACUCGGAUAUCAACAGAGGAAGAAGGCUCUUCUUCAAAAGAUAAUGAUGUAACUUUGGAAUCACCAGUUCCACCCGUUAUACAUAGAUGA